AAAUACUCUGUAAAUUGAUUAGGACAAGUGAUAAAAAAGUAAAUAAACUUUGAUGGAUAUAUAUUAUGAAAAACAAUCACAUGUGAUAGCGUUAUAAACGAGGUAGCUGUUUUUUUGCAACCGGAACGGAAAAGGGAACUCAGCCACCUGGACGAGCCGCAUUUGCACCUCGCCCACCGCCCGCGCCGGUCGAUGAGAGUUCCACUGGGUUUGGCCAGAACGCGAAAGAUGAGCAACAACUACAAUGACGUGCCCUUCGGCAUCCGGGCGGUCCAGCGGCUGUCGCGCCAAUGCUGCACCCGCUUCCACGCCCGCAGAGAUCUACUCUACAAGAUGUCUGUCUUCGUGCUAACGUUCCUGGCUUACGCCUGCUACCACAUGUGCCGCAAACCCAUAUCUGUAGUUAAGUCGGUGCUCCAAGGAAACUGUUCAACCGCGCUGGCCGCAUCGGGGCAGGAAUGUGGAUAUGCGCCCUUUGAUGUUCCCGAUGCAACCACGCUCUUUGGGAUGUUGGAUUCGGCCUUCCUCUUCUCCUAUGCCAUUGCCAUGUUUGCUUCAGGUUUCGUGGCGGAGCGAGUUUCCCUGCGAUAUUUCCUAUCCAUGGGCAUGAUCCUCACCGGAGUGUUCACCUAUAUGUUUGGCAUUGCCCGAACCUCUAAUAUCCAUAGUUUGUGGUAUUUUGUUGUCGUGCAAAUCUGCGCUGGCAUCUUCCAAACGACGGGAUGGCCAGGAGUCGUAGCCCUUGUAGGACGGUGGUUUGGAAAAUCAAAGCGUGGAUUGAUAUUUGGCAUAUGGAACAGCCAUACCUCAAUUGGAAAUAUUCUGGGCACGUUGAUAGCAGCGCAUUAUGUUGAAACGGAUUGGGCCCUGUCGUUUGUGGUGCCUGGCAUCAUAAUUGCAGCCGUAGGCUUUUUGUUAUUUCUUUUCCUGGUCGACCAGCCAGAGAUAGUGGGUUGUUAUCCACAGGCUGGUCAGCAAGAUCGGCGAGUGGCCAACGAGUCCGAUGACGAACAGGAUGACGAGGAGCAGGUGCGCCACAACGAUGCCUUUGUGGUCAAAAUGGGGUACGACUCUUCGGAAACCGAAAUCAACUACAGAUCGGCGCCCACCGAGCGUACUCCAAUCCUUUCUCGAUCCCAACCAGCGGCACAGCACAGGGGUCAUGGAAGACCCAUCAGCCUGAUCGACGCUUUAUACAUACCAGGAGUGGUAGAGUUUUCGCUGUGCUUGUUCUUUACUAAGCUGGUUAGCUAUACCUUCAUGUACUGGCUGCCCCUCUACAUUCAGAAAUCAAGUACAUUGGGUCCUGAACUGUCCGCUGACUUAUCCACGCUUUUCGAUGUGGGCGGUAUUUUGGGAGCUAUAGCUGCGGGCUACCUAUCGGAUGUAAGCGGGAUGUCGGCUACAGUCUGCACAGGCAUGUUGUUCAUUGCCUCACCCAUUCUGCUGAUGUAUCAACAAUAUGGUGCUUUGUCACUGACGUUUAGCAUAGUGCUUCUGAUUGUAGUCGGGAUCUUUGUGAAUGGACCUUAUGCUUUGAUUACAACUUCAGUAAGUGCGGAGCUCGGCCAGCACAGCUCCCUGGAAGGCAAUGCCAAUGCCCUAGCUACCGUUACGGCCAUUAUCGAUGGUACAGGGUCAAUUGGAGCAGCAGUUGGUCCCCUACUUGCCGGGCUCAUCUCCACCGCCGGAUGGCAGUAUGUCUUCCACAUGCUCAUCGCUGCCGAUAUCAUUGCCAUGGUGCUGCUGGGGCGAUUGGUCUUCAAGGAGUUCGCCGCGCUGCGCCGCGCAUCACAUCGGAUCCGGAUUGAAUAGCAGGAAGAAGCGGCAAUGCCCGCCGAAUUGAAUCUGGUUUGACCAUAUUUAUUUUUGUUUUUAGCGUUCUGUGUACAUAGCAUGGCAUUUGUACAGCUUACAUAGAAAACGUUUUGUUUCCAUUCGAGAGCAUAUCGGAGUGUUUCUGAUCCUAGUUUUACCCAAUACAUGUCAAUAUCUAAUGUUAUUUUAAAUGGAAUGAUUACAAUCAUCCUAGGCUAUUCAUCAAGUUUACAGUUUUGAUAUAUUACCUACAUACAUAUACAUAUAUACAUCUAUUUUGUAAUCUUGUGUGUGCGCGCGUGUGUCAGAGUCUCCUCGUUUUAAGUGCCGAACUAUCAUUAGAACUAGCGUAAUACUACUGCUAUGUAAAUACACUUUAUCGUACACUUUUCGUACCAAUAAAACCGAAUUUGACUGUU